UAGGACACCCACACGCAUGCGACGCAGCGCACAGAAAACACAACCUGUGACUCGCCCGGCCGCAGAAAACAGGAAUAGCGCGAGUGCGCUCUCAGGUAUUUCUGUGUGGCUGGGAACGUCGUACCUCAUCCGCGUUGUAAUUUUAGGCCGACUGAAUAGUCUGGUGCUGGUGCUGCGCGCAUGCUUGAGAACGAUUUGAAAGAGUGCAGCAUCCAC